GGUCGAUACGUAGCGAGUAACUAAUACAUAAAAAUUGCUAGAUACGGUCAACCAAAUUCGAUGUUGAUUGUUGCUGGCGACCCUGAAGACUAUUCUUGUUAGUAGACUAUUUAGCUUUCGAUUCUUUAGCGAUAGCAAUCAUGUAAAAGCAUUCACGACGCCGAGUGUACACUCGGGUACACUUUGCUACAUGUACCAAACAAUCGCCAAAAAUCGCCUAUUAUAUUGUAUCUGUUGUACUGAAGAGUGUAUCGGGUCGAGAAUUUGAAAAUUGCCGCGGUCGUGAAAGCGUCACGGCGCGUCGAUAAGGACGGGACGUUUACCGGUCGAAGGGUGUCAGGAAACUUCCGCGGUUCGCGUACCGACCGAUCAGUGGGUGGACUGGGAGGUGGGGGGAGGCUUAUUGCGCGAUCCGCGGAAUCGGCGGCGGCCGCUCGCAGCAUGGCGUCGGCCGCGACGUGUGUCAUCCUGGAACGCGGAUGAGAAGCGCGGUACAAGCUUCGAGUUUCGCGCUUUCUCGAGGGGACUUUCGCACAUACACAUGUCUCGCGCAUUAAUGAAACUCCUCUCGUAAGGGCGCGAGGACAGACCACGCCAGGGAUGAACAAGCGGCGUAGAACGUCGUCGGUGGCGAGCCGCGGGGCCGAGGACGACAGCGACGACGUCCCACCCGAGCCGACCAAGAGGAGGAAAAAAUUGGAUCCUAGCGACCUGUGCCAACAACUGUACGACAUACUUCGCAAUCAGAAGAAGGAGGAUGGUUCCCUGUUGUGCGACGCGUUUAUACGCGUGCCGAAGCGCCGGCAGGAGCCCGGCUACUACGAGGUCGUCUCCAAUCCCAUAGAUCUGUUGAAAGUGCAGCAGAAGCUGAAGACCGACGAGUAUCGCGAUAUGGACGACCUCGCCGCCGAUAUUCAGCUUAUGGUGAACAACGCCAAAGCUUUUUACAUGCGCACCUCGCCCGAAUACAAAGAUGCGACUGAACUGUGGGAACUGUGUGUAAAUACUAAGAAUCGUAUCAUGGAGGAGUACGAGGAUCCGGAACCCAAGGGAAAGCUCAUUCUAAAAGUUGGCAGACUGGCGCGUAAAGUGACGACGCGGCAGGACGACGCCGAGGAUACCUCGGAAAGUUCAACGAAUCUCGACGAGGAAACCAUGCAGCUAUUCGAAGAUUUGUUCGCGGCGGUUAUGACUGCGACCGAUCCCACUGACAAUAACAGACCUCUUCACAUUAUGUUUCAACUCAAACCGUCUAAAAAGCUCUAUCCCGAAUAUUACGACGUCAUCGAGACGCCGAUCGAUUUGAAGACGAUCGCGAGGAAGAUUCAAGAGGGUGCGUACAGCUCGCUUGGCGACAUGGAGAAGGAUCUGAUGCUCAUGUGCCGUAACGCCUGCCAGUUCAACGAGCCUGGCUCGCAGAUUUACAAGGAUGCCAAACUUUUGAAGAAGAUAAUCACGGCGGCCGCGAGAAGGCAGGACGGCGGAUUCGGCGGCAGCAUUAAGAUCGCUACGACCGCGCCGUCGACAAGAAGCAAGAGGGGCAGUCGCACCAUGGCGCAAUCGUUGAUAUCGCAAACCGCUGCGCUGCCCGACGAAGAUGACGAGAGCGACGACGAGGAGGAGGAACCUGCCGAGACUGAGGAGGCCGAUAAUCCACAGUGGCAACUAUUUCAAACCAUUCGGACGGCUCCUAACAAUCAAGGUGUGAGGAUGAGCGAAUAUUUUUGGAAGCUUCCAUCAAAGAGAUUAUACCCUGAUUACUAUAAGACGAUUAAGAAUCCUAUAUCUUUAUUACAAAUACGUACAAAGAUAAAGAAAGGUGAAUACGGUACUGUUAGUGAAGUAGCUGGAGAUAUGAAUAUCAUGUUUGAAAACGCUAAGAAGUAUAACAUGCACACUUCUCGACUGUACAAGUGUGCUGUUAAAUUGCAAAAAGUAAUGCAGGAGAAAGUGCAAGAACUCUUGGAAUUCGAUCAGGACUCCGAUUCGGAUAGCGAAUCCGAGAACAGUCUGCAGCAACCUAAGUUGAUAAAACGCGCGUCGAAUUUACUGACACGAGGGAAAUACAAAGACAAUAUACCGUUGAAGAAGAGAUUGCACGCAUUAGUCAAGUGUGUCGUGGAAUACGUCUGCGAAGACGGUCGGCAGCCCAUGUUAAUGUUUAUGGAGAAGCCUUCCAAAAAGUUGUAUCCGGAUUACUAUCAAGUGAUAGCGGAACCCAUAGACAUGUUGGCUAUCGAAGCCAAUAUUAAAGCGGAGAAGUAUCAAAGCGAAAACGAAUUGAUACAGGAUUUUAAGUUGAUGUUCAGUAAUUGUCGCCAAUAUAACGAGGAAGGCUCGUUGAUAUACGAAGACGCGAAUACAUUGGAGAAGGUCUUGAUGGAUAGAGUAAAAGAAUUAGGACCUUUGCCGGAUAAUCCUAGGUCCAAGUCUACCGCGUCGACCCCAACGAGAAACGUCGGGAGACCGAAAAAAGUAAUACCGGUUCAUCUGCAAAAGUUACGAACCCUCUACGAUACUAUAAAAGACUACCACGAUGCAAAAGGGAGGCAGUUAUCUCUAAUUUUCAUGAAAUUACCAAAUAAAAAUGAAUAUCCAGAUUAUUAUGAGGUGAUAAAGCAGCCUAUACAUAUGGAGAAGAUAGCUUCCACUUUAAAGAAUAACGGAUAUGACAACUUGGACGAGUUGGUGUCCGAUUUUAUAUUAAUGUUUGACAACGCCUGCAAGUAUAACGAGCCGGACUCGCAAAUAUACAAGGACGCCUUGAUACUUCAGAGAUUGGUACUGCAGAGCAAGCUGCAGCUGAGCGAGGAUGAGGAGAGUGUACCUGACGUGUCGGCCGCCAUCCAAGAGAUCCUGGCGACGAUAUUCACCGCGCUUUACAAUCACCAGGACGAGGAGGGAAGAUGCUACUCCGACUCCAUGGCGGAGCUGCCGGAGCACGACAUCGUCGACGGCAAAAAGGUGCGGGGCCUGUCGUUGGAUUUGAUUAAGAGGCGAUUAGACCGCGGGGUUUACAAGAGGCUGGAUCGAUUCCAAGAGGAUGUCUUCACGUGCUUGGAGAGAGCGCGCAGGCUGUCGCGCACGGACUCGCAGCCGUUCGAGGACAGCGUGGAGCUCCAGGCGUUCUUCCUACGCACCCGCGACGACGUGACUCGCGGGGGUGAGCUGUUACAGUCGCCCGCGUUGAAUUACACGCUCCUGGAACUGUCCACUCAGGUGGCGGAACUGAAGAGAGUGAAGCAGCAGCAGGAAUUGAAUUUACCUAACGAGGACGAGAGUUGCGACGGGAAUGAGACAAAAGAUUCUGAAGCAAAUGCGAAUUUAGAAACGAAUAACACCGACAAUGGCGGCUCUAUGAGUUUCAAUCAGGAAGUGUACAGAGCCGGUGACUUCACAUACAUCGAGCCCACCGAGAGGGGCAUGGAGUACAGCGUGGUUCUCAUAGAACGGCUUUGGACCAACGCGGAUUCUCAGCAGAUGCUGUACGGGAAUUUAUUUUACAGACCCAGCGAAACGUAUCACGUUGCGUCGAGGAAAUUCCUGGAUAAGGAAUUAUUCAAGAGCGACGCUCACGUGGCGGUACCUUUGGCGAAGGUGGCCGGCAGAUGUUGCGUUCUGAGCGUAAAGGAUUAUUUUCGAAUGCAGCCCGAGGGCUUCCAGGAGAAGGACGUCUUCGUGUGCGAGUCGCGUUACUCCACGAAGGCCCGAGCGUUUAAGAAGAUCAAGGUCUGGAACUUCGAUCCCGAUCACUUGACAUUGGUCCCCCGAGAAAAGCCGUUGGAACCGAAGCGAGUAAUAUCGGUAUACAAAGAACGAUUGGAGAAGCACAAGGAAGAAAUCGCCGAGUUGGAGGAGGGGGAAAAGUUGCUGGAAAAGGAAAGACCUAAUGUGAUAUUGUAUAACCCAGAGGACACGGAGAAUACAUAUUAUGAACAGUACAGCACAUGCGUGGGGUCUGUGAAGACCGGCGAUUUUGUUUACGUAGCGACAGACGGGGGCAGGCAGCAGAUAGCGCAAGUCGACUCUAUAUGGUCAACCAAAGACGGGAAGUGUUAUUUCAAAGGCCCAUGGUUAUUGAUGCCUACAGAAGUGCCACAUACGCCUACGAAAUUAUUUUAUAAGCAAGAAUUGUUUUUAUCUACUGUAGAUGGUACUCAUCCCAUUGUAGCUAUUGUUGGAAAGUGUGCCGUCCUUGAUUACGGAGAAUAUAUAUGUAGCAGACCGACGGAGAUACCGGAGGACGACGUGUACAUUUGCGAAUCGUUUUACGACGAGAGUAAGAGUUUGAUAAAGAAGUUCGGCCAGGAGGGUUUGAAGAAGUUCAAUCACACGUCGACGGUGACCGAGGACGAGAUCUACUUCUUCCGAAGGCCUAUUAAUCCCGCGAAAGAAGCGUCACCAUUGUUACCGAAGCUGGAACCAGAUGUGCUAAGCAUGGGGGUAGGAUUAGGAGUGGGAGUGGGAGUAGGAGUUGGGGAAGACAGCAUGGAUGCUGGUGGUCCACCAUCCGUUGGCUCUACGGAAGCUCAACCGGUGCUCUCCAAUACUCAGACACCUGUGUCGACUAAGAAGAAAACGACGGGUAAGAAAUUAGUUACGGGCUAUAUUUUGUAUUCGAGUAAAAUGCGAACGCAGAUUACACAAAACAAUCCUGAAUCGUCCUUCGGAGAGAUUAGCAGAAUUGUUGGCAACGAGUGGAGGAAAUUGCCGGCGGGAGAAAAGCAGGCAUGGGAGGAGCGGGCGAUCAAGAUGAACGAGGACGGCGGCCAGCUGAAGGGCACGGUUUCGGUGGGCACCAACGCCACGCAGGACGUCGUGUACGAGUGCUGCUGGGACAACUGCGACUGGCAGUUCGAGGACAUGACCGACUGCAUCGAUCACAGCAUCGCGGAACAGAACGGCCACGUGCAAUCGUCGUUUGUAAACGCUCCCAGCGAUGUCGAGUUCCAGUGCCAAUGGCGCGGCUGCGGCCGAACGAAGAAGUCUGUCCCGCCGUUCCCGAGCGUGCAGAGACUCGCGAGACACGUCAAGGAGGUGCACAUUCUCAAGUCACACGGGCGCAUAAUACCACCUUCCGAGAGAAGCAGGAAUUACAUGCCCUCGAAAGGACCCACGGUACUGCCGCCGAUGGAGACAGAAACUUCAGCGGCCGCAACUCAGACCAGCAGCGCGACCGUUGUUAGACAGCCGGAGCCGAUGUUCGUCGCGGUACCACCGAGGCCGAGUCGCGUAUUGCAUUCGGACGCCUAUUUGAGGUACAUCGAAGGUCUAAAUGUAGAGAAUCGCUACAUAUCAAACUGGGAUAAGCAGAUGAACGCCAAUCCGGAUAACACGCAAAUUCCCGACGUGACGAAGCUGCCCGCCGAGUGGCUGGGAAACGGCGUUGGGAACCAUGGGAAUGUGGUAAACGCCUUGUGGACACUCAGAAACAUGAUGAUGCGGGAUGUGUUAGCCAUCAAUAAAACUUUAUAGUUUAUAAACUGUUAAGAUUUAUAAUUUUUGAACGUGCGGCGCAUCCUACACUACACCGACCCGUUAACGCUAGAUGAAAGACUGACGGUACUCAAUUGUUUAAACAAUAUUUUUAUAUAUAUAGAACUUUUCGUUUUUUUUACCUGUCAACUGCAUUUUUCUCUUAAUUGUAAAUCUAAUUGUACGAUACCUCGGUGGGUUUUGUCUCCCGGAUAUUUUUAGCAAAGGCAAUCUGCAAGUUGACACUGUUUAAAAUUAAUUUAAAUCGCUCAAGCAUUAAACGUAGCGCUUUUUACACGAUUGGCAAGAAAAAUUUUGUUUUUGUGAAUAAAAUGUUUACGCUUUUUUUGUUCUGAGUUAAAUAAAUUCUGUUUUGAAAGCAUCUUUCGAUCACAUUCUUAGGACUGUACGAUGUGUACAUAAAGAAAAAGGAAAAUCGUACUAUAUAGAAGACCAUUAUUGUGUAAAUACACCUGCUGACUUUCAGUUUCACUUUUCGAGCAAAAUUUUAUACGUUCUGUAUAGCGCAAGUAAUACAUAUUCUUGUAUUAGAGAAUACUAAAGCUGGAACUCUUCCUGUAUUAGAAACGCACGUAAUAAUGGGAAGCUGCGUAUGUAUAUACAAAGAAACUUGCGAGGCAGCGUACUGAUAACGCAACUGGUGUUCGCGCUCUCUUAUCAGUGCUGCUUUCAGAAUUCACAGAUGACGUCGAGGAGACAUAGUGAGAUUAAUCAAAUGAUCUAUCUUCUAUCUAUUAAUAGUUGAAAAGAGAGAAAGAGAGAGAAAAGGAUGGAAUCCUGCGUCUCGUGCAACAAUGUAACCUCGUAGUAUAUUAUUUUUUAAGAAUUUUCGAUACGAUCGGAAGAAUUUUGAAAACGUACGUACUGGCAAAUACAAAAUGAAAUUUUUACU